AAAGAAAAAGAAGUAGAUUUUUUUUUUUUGAUUUAAUUUAAAACCAUCCUUCCUUUUCCUCCUACAAUCUCGUGGUUGCGUGCCAAUCUUAUGGAGCUUUAUGGUUCGUCGCCGCCACCUCCCAACAUCCCUGCCUCCGAUUUUCCCUCCUGAUUCUCUAUCCCAACCCUAAUUCUGCCCAGUUCUCCUUCCCGCAGCCAUGUUCCCCUGGCGGAACUUUGCCAAAUCCGCCGAGGCCACCUUCUCGCGGUGGGCCCUCAAGAGGGUUUGCAAGUUCUUCCUCAAGAAGAAACUUGGCCAGUUCAUUCUCGGCGACCUCGACCUCGACCAGCUCGACGUCCAACUCUCUGAGGGAACCAUUCAGCUCUCCGAUCUCGCUCUCAAUGUCGAUUUCGUCAACACCAAGUUUGGUAAGAAAUCAUCCAUAAUGAUCAAAGAAGGUUCAAUUGGCUACCUGUUAAUUAAAAUGCCUUGGAGUGGUAAAGGUUGUGAGGUUGAAGUGAAUGGGCUUGAAUUAGUAGUUUCUCCAUGCUUAGAUAAAGUGUCAACAAGUGAAGAUGACACUUGUGGCAUGGAUAAUAGUGAUAAUCAUCGCUAUGGAUACAGCUCAACGAGGACUGAGCACGGAAUAUCAGAUGAUGCUGAGAAGUUGGCUUCAAUGGAUGUUCACGAAGGUGUGAAAACCAUUGCAAAAAUGAUAAAGUGGUUGCUCACAAGCUUCCAUGUUACAGUAACAAAUGUAAUUGUUGCAUUUGAUCCAUCUGUUGAUAAUGUAGAAAAUAAGACACAUUGUCAUCAUACCUUAGUUCUUCAGAUUUCUGAAAUACAAUGUGGAACUAGUCUGUCUGAAGACGCUGAUUUGAAUGUUGAUGUCCUUGGCAUAAGCCAGUUAACAAACUUUGUAAAGUUUCAUGGAGCAGUUAUUGAGCUUCUCCAAAUAGAUAAUGAGGAUUUCUACUUUCAUCAUGAAUCAAGUGCAGGAUGUGAUGAACCUGUUCUGGGGUCAAAUAUAGCAACAUGUCCAGUCAUGACCGGGAACAAAGGUGGAUUUAGUGGAAGUAUAAAAUUAAGUAUUCCUUGGAAGAAUGGCUCCUUGGACAUUUGCAAGGUGGAUGCCGUUGCUCAUGUUGAUCCCAUAGUGUUAAGAUUUCAGCCUAGCUCUAUUAAAUGGCUAUUGCAAGCAUGGGAAACUCUUAAGAAUCUGAACAAGAAUGGCAAAGGUUGCACAAAUCACAAUGUAAGAGGAUCUGCCCAGUUAAAUUCUACAUUGUUACGGCAUUCAUCAACUUCAGUUUCUAUUAGCAGUGCUUCCAGUGAGAUUAUAACUGCCGAUGGCAGUUUGUCAGUUGAAUAUGCUUCUUUGAUCCAACCUGAAACCCUUGCUGAAGAUUUACUUCCUGCAGCUAAUGUUAUAUCUGAUUGGGUACCAUUAUCUACUCAUACAAGUCACAAUAAGGAUGGUAUUCAAGAACUCGAUUUUGGGGCAAGUGUGGACCAGUUUUUUGAAUGUUUUGAUGGAAUGAGAAAUUCUCAAUCAGCUUUAGGAAACAGUGGAAUGUGGAAUUGGACAUAUUCAGUUUUUAGUGCUAUUACUGCUGCAUCCAGCCUUGCUUCUGGAUCUUUGCAUAUUCCAUCUGAACAGCAACAUAUGGAAACCAAUUUCAGCGCAACUUUUGCUGGAGUAUCUGUUGUUUUGUCUUGCUGUGUUGAUGAACAGAAAAAAUUUUCUGACACUGAAAUUGGUCACAAGGAUGGGUUACAAAUUGAUUAUCUUGGUGCAGAGUGCAAUGACAUCGUUUUGGCUUUGCAGGUAUGCCCUCAAGGAAUGACUCUAGAUGCAAAGGUGAGUCAUAUAGAAGUUGCUAAUUUUUGUAACAUUGGAGUUGAUGGUAAAAAUCAAACUGCUUUGGUUCAACACCUACAAGCUAAGGUCCUCGAUGCUCUCCCUUCUUCUACCUGUUACAAUAUAGAUUCACAUUCAUUAAUUGGGUCUGUUGCGACAGAUUUUCCAUUUGGAAACAAUGAUUGUUUGUUGAAAGUUACACUGUUUAGAACUUCUGGUGUCAUGAAUUGCAAAUUCUCAGUGCAAUCAAGUUCAUCUGAUGGUUGUCUCAUAGGAAGCACAUCAUUCUCACUGAGCUUGCCCCCAUUUAGUUUUUGGGUAAUCUUUUCAGUAAUUAAUGUGCUCAUGAAUCUGCUAAAGGAAGUUGAGAAAUCACUUGGGAUGCAUAACAAAGAAAAGGAAAUUCUAUCUGAAGCCUUAGAUAACAAGUGUGGACCAUCUCAGAGUAAUAUGAAGGAAGGUUCUAGUCCCUGUGUGAGAUCUUUCUCCCCAACACAGUGCUUGCACGGUGAUAUAUCAAUAUCUAAUGCAAGAGUGAUAUUGUGUUUUCCUUUCGAAAGGGAUGGAGAUCAUAACAAUUCAUUUCCCUGGGAACAGUUCAUUGCUCUUGAUUUUACUUCAUCAUCACCUUUGAACAAUGGAUGCACUCCAAUUUAUAGUCAAAGUUCAAAUGCAAGUUCGAAGAAAAGAUUUCCUUCAGUAUCUGCUCAAUCUCUUCAAUUGAGUUUCUGUGAUCUUGACAUCUACUUGAUCACAUCAAGUAAUGAAAAUGGUGGAAUCAUCUCCUAUGAUGUGCAGAAUGAGAAAUUUUCUGCUAGCUGCUUCUUUUCUAUUUUUCAUAGAAGAGGACGUUUCUCUGUUUUUCGUGUUGUUUUGCAAGGGGGUAAAGUUACUGGUCCUUGGAUUGCUAAGAAAGCCAGAUUAUUUGCUAAUUCAGAGCAAACUAGGGGCAAAGAGGACACUGGAAGAAAGGGGCACGAGUUUGUGUCUGUAUCAACAGUGAAAGAUCUGGAAGAAUGGAAAGCUCAAACUCAACAAGAGAUGAUUUUAAGCUCAUCCUUUCUCAUACAUGUCCAUCUAUCUCAACUUGUGAUUAAUAUGAAUUAUUCUCAAUAUAAAGGCAUACAUCAUCUUCUACAUCAAACACUGAAUGCAUUGACAUGUGUGGCUUCUAAGGAAGCCAAUGUUGAAAAGGAAUCUUCUGUGUCACAAUCAUCAGUAUUUAUGGAAUGUGAUUCUCUUGAAAUUCUUAUCGAUAGGGAUACAUCUGAGAGUACCAAAAGUUCAAUCAAGAGUGAACUUCCUGGAAUUUGGUGUCAGUUCAGGCUGAAGGUUCAACAGUUUGAGGUGCUAUCGGUCACCAAUACUGGUGGCAUUAAGGCUGCAAGUUUCUUCCGGUUAGCUCAUGGUGAAGGCAAGUUGUGGGGGUUUGUCACUGGACUUCCGGAUCACGAGUUUCUUCUGAUUACUUGUAGCAACUCCGUUGUGAAAAGAGGUGAUGGAGGAGGUUCUAAUACAUUAUCUUCCAAAUGUGCUGGUUCUGAAGUCAUCUGUCUCUCUGAUCCUGAGAUUUCUGUCGCUGUAACAUCCAUUACGGUCAGCUGUGGUACGGUUAUUGCUGUAGGUGGCCGUUUGGAUUGGUUUAAUGCAAUUUCAUCCUUUUUCUGUUUACCUGCUUCUAAUACCGAAGGUAUAGGAGAUAGUAGUGUUUCAAAGGAGGAACAUAAUAACUCUCACACAACUUAUUUUGUUUUGUGCUUGAUUGAUAUUGCUUUGAGCUAUGAGCCUUAUCUGAAGAAUCCUGCAGUUCAUAGUGAACUGAAUUCAGAGUCUAGCUGUUCAUUUAUCAAAGAAGAUAUGAGUGAACAAUGUGUUUCCUGUUUGUUGGCUGCAUCCAGCUUAACUCUUUCAAAUUCAUCUUCAGCGGACACAGUUGAAAAUGUUUUCGAAAUUCGAGUGCAUGACUUGGGGCUUCUACUUCAUUUAAAUUCGGAACUGAAUUCUAUGUCUGACAUUUAUAGUGUUGAACAUCUUCAAAAAACUGGUUAUGUUAAAGUUUCUCAGGAGGCUUUUAUGGAGGCAAUUUUGAAAACAAACUGUACUACCAGUCUUCUUUGGGAACUGGAAUUAUCUAAAUCUCAUGUUAAUUUGGAAACUUGCUAUGACACAACUGCUGGUCUGAUUCGUUUGGCGGCCCAACUUCAGCAAUUAUUUGCUCCUGACGUGGAGGAAUCUAUCGUGCAUUUGCAGAAUAGGUGGCAUAAUGUUCAAAAGGCACAACAAAGGAACGAAUUAAAAAUUGAAAAUAAGAAUUGCAGAUUUGACUCGAUGUCUGCAAUAUCUGAACAAUGCUCCCCUCAUACAUUUUCAAUGGAUGAAUCAAGAAUAGCUGGCUGGAUGGAUGAAAUAUGUGAAGAUGCAUUUAAAGUAAACAACAAUAAUACACCCCAAUCUUCUCCUUUUGAAUCAGGGAUUCCACUUGACGGAAGCUUAAUUGAAGUUGGUCAGAUGAAUUUGCAUAAGCCCGAAGUUCUUUCUCAUGAACUAACUUUGACUGAGCCAGUGAGUGUGCGUGGACCUGAAGGUAGUGAUACUUCAUUUCUGCAAGAGGGUUGUUUUCCAGAGAUUAUAGAAAGCUAUUGUUUGUCUGACUUGCGCCCUCUCUCAGAGCUAUCUUUAGGUAUUCAUUGUGAUGAGCUUUCUAGACACAAACUGAGGAAUGUGGAACAUAAAGAGAUUGAAAGAGGAAGUGGUAGAUGGUAUGGAGGCACCUCUCUGAAAGUAUUAGAAAACCACAUUGCAGAGGAAAUCAAACAACCUGGAAUGAAAAAGGCUGUAGAUCAUCAAGGCAUGCUUUCAUCUGAUGAUAGUUCAACACAUGGUGAGACUUGUGGACGUGUAAUUCUUAAGGAAAUUGAUAUAAGAUGGAGAAUGUAUAGUGGUUCUGACUGGCUUGACUCUGAGAAAAGUGGGCAGCAUUCUGGGAGAGACACAUCUAUUUGCUUGGAACUUGCAUUGUCUGGGAUGAAAUUUCAGUAUGAUAUAUAUCCAGUUGGUGGACUACAUGUAUCUAAGAUGUCUGUGUCUGUUAAAGAUUUUUAUCUGUAUGACAGAAGCCAUGAUGCACCUUGGAAACUGGUAUUAGGAUAUUAUCAAUCAAAACGUCAUCCUAGGGAAUCAUUUUCGAAAGCAUUUAAAUUGGACUUGGAUGCAGUUAGACCAGAUCCUCUUACUCCCCUCGAGGAGUACAGGUUAAAUGUUACUAUUUUACCUCUGCUUUUACAUCUCCAUCAGCGCCAGCUUGAUUUUUUUGUUGACUUCUUUGGGAGAAAAAACACAUUGAAGGGUCAGUUUCCUAAUAGUUCUCAAGAUUUGGAGGGUUCAAAAUCAUUGCCUGAGAAGACUAAGAAAGAUAAAGAUCAUGUAUUUCAUUCAGUUGCACCAGAGGCGCUGCUUCCCUACUUCCAGAAGCUAGAUAUAUGGCCUAUUCUUGUUCGGGUGGAUUACAGUCCAACUCAUGUAGAUCUAGCAGCCUUAAGGAAUGGAAAGUAUGUAGAGCUUGUAAAUCUUGUCCCUUGGAAGGGGAUUGAGCUUAACCUGAAACAUGUUCAUGCCUCUGGGGUCUACGGUUGGGCCAGUGUUUGUGAAACUACUGUAGGGGAUUGGUUGGAAGAUAUAUCUCAGAAUCAGAUUCAUAAAAUACUCCGGGGGCUUCCUACUGUACGAUCAUUGAUUGCAGUUGGGGCUGGUGCUGCUAAGCUGGUUUCAUCACCAGUAGAGAGCUACAAGAAGGAGCGGAGAGUGCUCAAGGGUGUGCAGAGAGGUACAAUUGCAUUUCUUCGAAGUAUUUCCCUUGAAGCUGUUGGACUUGGAGUUCAUCUGGCUGCGGGAGCCCACGACAUUCUCCUCCAAGCGGAGUAUAUUCUUUCAAGCAUACCUUCUCCAGUUCCACUGCCUGUAAAAGACAAACUAAAAACAGAUGUUAGAUCCAAUCAACCUAAAGAUGCCCAAGAAGGAAUUCAACAGGCUUAUGAGAGCCUUAGUGAUGGCUUGGGAAAAUCUGCUGCUGUGUUAGUUCAGAGUCCCUUAAAAAAAUUUCAGCGAGGUUCAGGGGCUGGACCUGCUUUGGCUGCUGCUGUUCGAGCUGUUCCUGCUGCUGCUAUAGCCCCCGCUUCAGCUUGUGCAAGUGCUGUACACUGUGCUCUUCUUGGAUUCAGAAAUAGCCUAGAUCCAGAACGUAAAAAGGAGUCCAUGGAGAAAUAUUGUCCAGCACAACCCUGGGAAGAAGACUGAUUAAUGAUUAUUAUGUGAGGAUUGAUUAAUUGAUAUUGUUGCUUCCCUUACCAAGCAGAUUCAGAAGUUUUUUUCUUUAAUUUGCUGGACAGUCUCUUGUGUAUCAUAUCUAGAGUUACAGAACCAGUCAGAUGAUUCUUUUCUAUCAGAGAUUCUGAGUAACUGUAUAUGCUGUAAAUAUGGAUGCUGCUUGUUAAUCUUAUUCUUAUUCAAACGGUUGUCAUUAUAGGUACUACGAGUGUAAGAUUUCUAUUAUAUCUUGCGAUGCUAGAAGGCCUAGUUUGAUCUUUGGUUACAAAUUCUUUACAACAAAAGUCAUGCUUUUGCUAGAAAGGUCUGUGCUGAAGAGCUGUGUCCCUUGGUGAACUUUUACAAUGUUGGGAUAUAAUCGAGCAGGAUACAGAUCUAUGCUAUUAUGAUGUAUGGGGAUUUAGAUUCUGAAAUGUUUGAAAGUUGAGGUUUAAGGGUUAACGACGGGAGGAUAGGUUUCUCAUUUUUAAUAAAUAUUCUAUAGUUUAAUAAUUUAUAAAAUAAAAGUAAACUGAAAUUAUAAUA